AUGGCUGAGGGAAACUCUACCACUGUAACUGAAUUCUUUCUCUUGGGACUAUGUGAUAGGCCAGAGCUCAAAGGUAUUCUAUUUGUGGUGUUUCUGGCCAUGUACUUGCUUACAGUGAUAGGGAACCUGGGCAUGAUCACAUUAAUCAGGGUUGAUCAGCGACUGCACACUCCUAUGUAUUUCUUCCUCAGCCACUUGGCUUUCCUGGACUUCUCCUAUUCUUCUUCCAUCUCCCCCAAGACAAUGAUAAACCUGUUAGCUGAGAGUAAAGGAAUCUCAUUCGCAGGCUGUGCUGCUCAGAUGUAUAGCUUCAUUGCAUUUGGCACUACUGAAUGCUUUCUUCUGGCUGUGAUGGCAUAUGAUCGGUAUGUGGCCAUUUGUAAUCCUUUGCUCUAUACUGUCAUCAUGUCCCGGCGGCUUUGCCUACAGCUCCUUAUUGGUUCUUACAUUUGUGGCUUUGUGAUUUCAAUGAUACAUACAAGCAGUACUUUCCAGCUGUCAUUCUGUCACUCCAAUGUCAUCGAUCAUUUCUUCUGUGAUGUGAUUCCCCUGCUCAACAUCUCCUGCACUGACACCAAAGUGAAUGAGAUAAUUUUAUUUACCUUUUGUAUAUUUAAUGGGAUCUUUAUUACCUUGGAAAUAUGUAUUUCUUAUAUCUACAUUGUCUCUGCCAUUUUGAAAAUCCGCUCUUCUGAGGGCAGGAGCAAAGCCUUCUCCACCUGUGCUUCUCACCUUACAGUUGUUGUAAUGUUCUUUGGGACAGCUGUUUUCAUGUACAUGCGCCCCAGCUCAAACUCCUCACCAGAUGAGGACAGGGUUGUAUCUGUGUUUUACACAGUAGUGAAUCCUAUGUUGAAUCCUUUAAUAUAUAGCCUGAGGAACAAGGAGGUUAAGGAUGCCUUAAGGAGGCUGUUUUCCAAGCUCAGUUUCUUCCCUUUCCCUCCCUACUCCUGGUCUCCUCAAAAUCCAAAAACACUUCCAAAAUCCCAGGAGAUAAAUUUUUGCUACUUCCAGAAUUUCAGGAGUGUUUGGGGUUAUUUCAGAUAUGCUUGA